UUAAAUCCCAGUAGCUCACAGAUCCACCAUCUUCACAACCACCAAAAAUAGAGAGAAAAAGAGAGAGAAAAGAAAUCGAAAAGAAAUGGACGCCAUCGAUUCAGUAUUCGAUCCAUUGAGAGAGUUCUCUAAGGACAGCGUUCGCCUCGUCAAGCGCUGCCACAAGCCCGAUCGCAAAGAGUUCACGAAGGUGGCUUUCCGUACAGCGAUAGGAUUCGUAGUGAUGGGAUUCGUAGGUUUCUUUGUGAAACUCAUAUUUAUUCCCAUCAACAACAUCAUUGUCGGAUCCGUUUAGGAGCAUGGAUGGAUCCAGGCUUGAUCGCAAAAUCCUGAGAUAGAUGUCAAUGUGGUGAAAUGGAAUGUUAGCAUUGUUGAUGUUGCUUUUUGCUGUAUGUUGGUCUUGAAACUGUAGGAUUGAGGAUAUUGUAUGAAACUUUUGUUCCUUUUUAUCUAGUAGCUUUUUUGGAUUUACAAA